AGUAUAAAAUUUUUGUUCUCUUUAGUCCGCUUAUUUUAACUAAACUUAGUAAUUAUAUUGUAUACGACAUCAAUUAUACUUCAAAUAGUGUUCGCAAUUCUGUUAGAUAUAAUUAUUAAUUAUAAAUAUACAUAUUUUUCAGCGAAAAAUGCAUAAAAUAACUAUACUGACUUUAAUGCUGUUUUACAGUAAAGGAACCAUUGCUGAAAAUUUGACAGAAUAUGGAUUAGAAAUUUAUAAAACAAAUAAUAUGAUAGUGAACAUGACGGCCAUUGAUCAAUGCAAGAUUUUUCAAUACAUAUUUUUUCGCAUUCAUCGAGACAAUGCAUUGAAUAUUUUACUACCUGGAGAGCAAACAAUAGAUUUAUGUAUAAAAAAAGAAAAAGCAAUCAGAACGUUUGUUAAAAAAGUCGCAUCUAGAGAAGGUAUUCCAAUCAAAGGGGAUACACAUCAGUCAUUAGAAGUCGACGAUUUACUCAAAUUUCUAUAUCCUUCGGCUACGUUUGAUUCAGAUAUGAUUGAUGAUGAAUCAUUAGAUGAUGAAAUGAUUGAUGUUAAUCUUUUAGAAAAUAUUUCAGCCAACAUCCAUCUGCUGUAUGAGAACCGAGUAAAUAUAAUUCAGUAUAUUGUGAAUAAUUGCACCUUUUAAAAUAUGUAAAUUUAAAAAUAUAUAUUAAUGAUUUAAAACCAUUUGAUUUUUUAAACAAGCUAAUUUUUAAAUGUAAAUACAUGAUAUUUAUUAUUAAUAGUAA